AUGGAGACUCAAAGUGUUCUACUUCUGCUACUGUGUGCUGUGUCCACCUGCUGGGGACAGCAAGUGGUGUGUUUGUUCCUCCCUACCCCCACCAAUGGAGUGAUCUUCUACUCUGAUACAAUACUGGGUGAUGGUACUGUGGCCACUUACACCUGUGACACUGGCUACACUCUCAAUGGAGGUAGUACCAGGACUUGUGGGAGUAAUGGAAUGUGGAGUGGGUUUGCUCCAUCUUGUCAGCCUAACUGCCCUGAAUUACCUACACUGGCCAAUGGGAUGAUUAUGUACAGUGCUGGAUCCACUCACAGCAGACCGAUCAGCUCUAGUGCUACACACUCCUGUAACACUGGCUACACUCUCACUGGAGAUGCCACCAGGAUAUGUGUGAGUGGCGUGUGGAGUGGGUCACCUCCAGUGUGUCAGCUGAACACAGGACCCACUGAACCACCCACCACCUGUCCUUACCUCACUGUACCAGCCAAUGGAAGGAUAAACUACAAUAUGGGGACAGCUAGUCCGAAACCAGUGGACACUGUGGCCACCUACACCUGUAACACUGGAUACACUCUUGAUGAAGGCACUACCAGGACUUGUGGGAGUGAUGGAGUGUGGAGUGGGUCAGCUCCAACUUGUAGACGUAAGUGA